AUUUAUUUUGUCAUUUUAAUUUCAUUCUUUCGUCUUUUUGCGUUCAACACUCUCUAAAACGUAACCGGAAAUGAUAAAGAUGCAAAGAAAUUUCCUAAUUAACCUUUUGAAACUUUUUUUUUGGGCAUCUUUAGAGUCCGACAUAAAAGAGCUUCUUCAAACUUGAUUGAUGACCCACAGACGAGGUUUACAACAAUUAACAUGGCCAUGGAGCUGGUGGGCCGCAUUUGUGAGCAUCGUCUUCUUCUUUGCCGCAUUGGCCGAUGCCGCAGAGACGCCACCAAAUUACUGUUUUUUCAGCUAUAAUGAUACCCUAUUUUUCUAUGACGGUUUGCCGGAGGCACGAGCCAAUCAGACGGCGUUGAUCAAGAUGGAAACAGCGCUCAACCGUACCACACCCAACAUUCACAGUUUAAGUUUUCCCUUCAACGCAACGGACAACCACGUUGCAUGGGCCGAUCAUCCUGGUCAGCAGAUUGCUAACGGAAGUGCUUGCGGGGUUUCAUCCGAUGGAGUUGCCGUGUUUUUUGGCGGUCAUGAUGGCAGCGUUCGCUUUCAAACGUAUGAUAUUUACCGCGAUUACUGGAGUAAUGAAGCACUUAAAGGACAGCCGAAUCUUACACAAACCGAUUUUACUUAUGCAACAUGGCACGAUAUCAUUGUUGCGUUGGACAAGAAUUCGCGCAUUACGUACCUUUUCCAUACCAGUAACGGGACGUGGUCCACCAUUCCUGCCAAUGAACGUACCCCACUUGCAGCUCAGACCCUAGUCACAUCAGGCGCAUACGUCUACCAUCUGUAUACGGACCCCAUCAAACAACUCAAUAAUCAGUAUCCCAAUCACGUUUAUGCUUUCGAUCCUGUGAAACAACAAUGGAUAGGCUAUAUUGGCUCCUUCUGGACUACCACAUCUGCUCUAGCCGCCGGAAGCCUUGGCAGCACCACCGAACAACAGAUUUUUGUUUUGCCUCUAAAACAACCUUCCUCGUCAUCCUCAUUCAAUGAAAGCCCGACUGUGUAUUGGACUCUGCUCAUGCAUGAUUUAUCCAUCGCUCACGUUUUAGUUCGACCUUUGGACCCCUCGUUCACCCCUCCUGCAGCCGGUGCCGCCACCACAUCGUUCCGUCAUCUACUGGCGCUUUACGAAGUAACGGACCAGGGCAAUGAAACCCGCAGGUUAACAUUGUUUGACCCAGUGGCCAAUCGUUGGCAAGGUCACUUUUUACUGCAUCCGCCGGAACCAUUCCCAACUGGGUCUCAAACACGGAAUUUCUGGGAUACGGACAAAGGAUACCAGACCAAGAUGGGCAUUGGAUUUGGUGUAUCUGUAGCCAUCGGUUUAUCUGUUGUUGUGUGCAUUUCAUGUCGUCAAAUUCGCAAUCGUUUACGAGAGGAUAGAGCUAAAAAAGCGUCCUCGCCUCAGCGCAGUCUUAGUUUUUUGCAGCGAAUGUCAAAAUUAAAAGAUCCAAAAAUAGAUUCCAACGACCCGGAAAAAUCCAUAUCGUCAUCUACGGAAGAUGCAGGUCGAUGGAGCCGUCGCGUGCGCCGACUAUUAACGAGUAUUAUUAUCCAGCACCGCGGUCAGUCCUUGAGUACAUCUCCCUCUACAGCCAGCUCCACCACUUCUCGCCCACGUACACUGCAAUCCACCGUCGCUCUCGCCUCCAGCGUCCUCUCCAGUCGAUUCAAAGAACAUUUUGUCGACAAUCCUUCUCACUCUUCCUCUGCUCCCAGCCUUUCAUCCUCCCAUUCCGUGCGCCAUCCAAAAGAGAUAUCAGCUUCAAAUGCUAAAGCUGUUAGCCCCAAGCCCUCGUCUUCCUCGCACGACAGUGUCACACCGUUACGUGAUGCACUUUAUCUAGGACGUCAUCCUUCCGCAGAAGCAUCGGAGCCUGCGAAAGAAUGAUUAUUAUUUUCUGUGACCUAUUUUACCGUUUAAUUUUUCCUUCUUUUUCUUCAACAUUUUCAAUUCCCAUUAUACAUCCUUGUUGAACCAAUGGUACUUUUAACUUUUUGAAGAAUGACAUCAUCUCUUACCUAGAAUAGAAGAGGUUGCCCUACCGGGGACAUGUCGCACAAGAUUCACUGUUCUCGGUGACUUUUUUGCAUCUUGGGGUUGGUCGGAGAACCUGGGUUUAUUGCCUUGGCAUGGGGGCUUCACGGAUGUGAUUGCUACUAUCAUCUUCUCCCGUUUCGGCCUCUGCAAGAGAUUACCGUUUGCCUGCAUCUUUCAUCAUCAAAAUUUGUUCAUUUCACUACUGAUAAUUUUUUACUAUAAAAUCAAUUUAUUGUAAAGCAAAUUAGCUCGCUUGAUGAUGAUCCCUAUC